UCUUGCAGUGAGGUCAACAGGUUGCUGGUUUGAUACUGCUUAUUUCUACAUAAAGUUUUGCAUUUUCUCCCUGUGUGUGUUUGAGUGUACCCCCACUAUUCCUCUUUCAACAGUCAAAACACAUGCAGAGUACAUAAGGCCUACGUCUACGUAUAUAACGCAGCAGUUCCACCGGAGGUCGCGGUGGUGCGGAUUAGCUCAUGUGCUGGCAUUAAACACUAAAAGCGAACAAAACAACGACAGAACAACAACAAAAAUGGCCGAACAGCUGACAGGAAUUCUACUUCCUUUGGUGUGCUGUCUCUAUUUGGACCCUCCAACGUCUUCCCAGUCCACUCUUAUAGGACAAUGUCCAGCCGAGGCCCAGCAGGAGGACAACGGAUUGUAUCCAUAUAAAUCGGGCAAAAAAACAAGGUAAAUAUCUGGUAACCUGGAAGGUCAAGGUCGAUGACCUUGAAAUGUUUGAAGGUAAGAUUUUAAGGUUGGCACAUUACAUUGUCUUAGAAACAUUUUCACAAGUACUGUGUGACUUUACCCACCCUGAAGGUUUAUAUAUAAAUAUAGAAACAACUGUAUUUAUAUACACCUGAUAAUGUAUAUAUUUACCUGUACAAACCACUGUAGGAGUUGCUGCCACCUAGUGACUGGAGGCUUGUUAUCAUUCAAGCAUUACUGCAGUGGUACACUUGUGUCCAGCAUGUCAUAUUGUGUUUUGAUAAUUAAAUAAUAGUAUCUGAAAAACAUUCAGUAAGUACGAUCAAAAAACACAUCUGAUUCAAUGUACGGCCAAUGAUGUCGAGGCCAAAUGGAAGCAGUAUUUUGUUGAGAGUAAAUGAGAAAACUGGGAAACAGGAUUUGUCUUAUUACUGUGAAGGUAACACAGUCAAGGACAUUCUCUGGUUCAGCCUGUGGCUGUAGCCUGUCAGGCUUCCUUUAGAAAGUGUCUGAUAAAAGAUAGGAUUCCAUACAUAAAAAAAAAACCAGGAUAAAUGAUUCUGUCCAAAGGCAAACGCUGAGGAGCAUGUUAUGUGUGAAAGAUGUUGUGUUAGCGUCGAAAACAUGUCAUAGAGUGAGUCAUGUUUUUUUUCACCUGCUGAUUUGUUCUGUGAAGCACCACGUUGGGAAGAGCUACAACUAAAGAGAUAACACAGCAGUAUAAAGAAGUCAGACAUGGUUUCCACCCCAGCGUUUUCAAUUUGUGCUGAAAUCAAAGUCAUAGCUGAGUCCAAGCCCAGCACAGAGACAUGAUGGAUACAGUGGACGUUUGAUUAAGUGUAAAAACCUGCCUGUGGCUUUCAUAACAUCCUAGGUUUAUUAUAAAAACAGUGAAAUAUCAACUUGGAACUCUUCAAAAUAAUCCGAUACCUGUGGUUUUAGUUUUUUUAUUAUUAUUAUUAUUGAUUAGCAAGCAGAAGAAAUGCUAAGAAAAUGUUAAACUAUUUUUCAUUUUAUUUUAUUUUUACAUACCUACAAAUGUUUUUUCAAGGUUCAGUGUUAUACAGUUGUUUCUUUCAUUCAUUCAUUCAAUUUAAUGGAAAUAAAUUAAUUCAUAUCACAGAGCAGAAACCAGAGGCGGAACCUCAGUCAUGUGUAUGCAAGCCUGUAGAAUGUUAGAGAUUGUGAUUUCAAUAAUUAUUUCUUAACAUUUAUUUUUUAUUGUUAACCCAUUGUGUUAAACUUCAUUAAAACACAAGGCUACGUUAGCAUUUGGCAAAAACUGUGUUUGAUAAUUUAGUUAAUUAAUGCUGCCUAGAUUUUCAUUCAUUUGUUUGUUGUUGUUCUUCUUCUCCUUGUUCUAAGACUUGAUCAUUUUUUUAGGUUUGCAUUUUGGAGCUAAAACCGAUCCCAGCUGACUCAUAAGUGACGAUGUUUCUUCCCGCUGCCCACCUGCCAUGCGUAACGGGGACGAGUGGAUGGAUGUGCCCUCCUCCUCCCAAGGCAGACACGGUUUGUACAAGCGCGUAGUGGACGUGGCGGUGGAAGCCGUGGGGCACAAACUUGCGCGAUUUCUUCCUCUUUCUCGCGGCUGAGAAGGUGGCGCAGGGAGGCGUAGGAGCAGCCGACAGGAUGUGGUCGCUGUCCGUGGUGCUGAACCCUCUGCUGUUUCUGCUGUUGUUUGGCUACUGCCCUACCAUGACCAUCAGGCCAAAGGAAGGGUGGCAGGUGUACAGCUCUGCUCAGGAUGCAGAUGGGCGUUGUGUCUGCACAGUGGUGGCACCUGAACAGAAUCUGUGCUCCAGAGAUGCCAAAGGCAGACAGCUCCGCCAGCUACUGGAGAAGGUGCAGAACAUGUCGCAGUCAAUUGAAGUGCUAAACCUGCGCACGCAGAGGGACUUUCAGUAUAUCAUGAGGAUGGAGAGCCAGCUCAAAGGUCUGCGCUCAAAGUUCAGACAGAUCGAAUCGGACAGGAAGACACUGGUCAACAAGAACUUUCAGGAACUGAAAGGAAAGAUGGAGUCGCUGCAGCCGCUGAUUCCCGUCUUGGAGCAGUACAAGACAGACACCAAGCUGAUUGCGCAGUUCAAAGAGGAGAUCAGAAACCUUUCUGCAGUGUUGAUAGGCAUACAGGAGGAGAUGGGAGCCUACGACUAUGAGGAGCUGCAGCAGAGAGUCCUCAGUCUGGAAAAUCGACUUCGCAACUGCAUGAGCAAACUGACAUGUGGCAAAUUAAUGAAAAUCACUGGACCGCUGACGGUGAAAACAUCAGGGACCAGGUUUGGAGCCUGGAUGACAGACCCACAGGCGUCGCUCAAAAACAACCGGGUGUGGUACAUGGACAGCUACACCAACAAUAAAAUCGUGAAAGAAUAUAAAUCCGUGUCUGAUUUUGUGGCCGGAGUGGAGUCCAGAACAUACAACCUGCCGUUCAAGUGGGCCGGGACCAACCACGUGGUCUACAACGGCUCCUUGUACUACAACAAGAUGCAGAGCAACAUCAUCGUCAGGUACAGCUUCGAGACGGGGCGAGUGGUCACACAGAGAGCUCUGGAGUCGGCCGGCUUCCACAACGUGUACCCAUACACGUGGGGGGGCUUCUCAGACAUUGACCUAAUGGCUGACGAGCUGGGCCUGUGGGCCGUGUACGCCACCAACCAGAACGCUGGGAACAUUGUCAUCAGCCAGCUGAACCCCGACACGCUGCAGGUGCUCAACACGUGGAACACUGAAUACUCAAAGAGGAACGCGGGUGAGUCUUUCAUGAUCUGCGGCACACUCUACAUCACCAACUCCCACCUCACCGGUGCCAAGGUCUACUACGCUUUCUCCACCAAAACCUCCACCUACGAAUACACAGAUAUCCCCUUCCAUAACCAGUACUUCCACAUGUCCAUGCUGGACUACAAUGCCAGGGACCGCACUCUCUACGGCUGGAACAACGGCCACCAGGUCCUGUUCAACGUCACACUUUUCCACAUCAUUAAAACUGAGGACGACUCUUAGGAACAAGAACCACAUUAAAAAAAAAAUUAAAAAAACAUCUGAAUGUUCUUAUAAUUCGACUUGUUUUUCUAAAUGAACCUUGUUUGAAUUACCAUGACAUUAUUUGAAGCAGUCUAACUCAUUUUAUUUGGCCGUUUUCCCACAAUGAGGUGAGUGACUGUCUAUGUAAUGAUGACGAACGUUCUAUAUAAAAGCAAAAUGCAGCACCAAAUAAUAAUAAAAAAAUUAAAUAAAAAAAAAAACCAACAACAUUAAAAUAGAGUGACUCAUCCUGCAGGAAAAACAAAUGGGACUAAAACAUAACCCUUUUAUUCCCAGCACUUCUCUGCAAAAUGUAAGCUUUGGCUAAGUGAAAUUUUCUUAUUUGUAAUGGGUUUUAUUGAGUUUUGCACUUAUUCAUGCUGAAUAAUUUAUUCUUUUUUUUAAGGCAAAAUGUUGAGUAAUUGAUCAGUGCUUUGUCCAUUCUUUGUCCCUUGUUUCUUCGUCAUCAUCGGCUAAUUUAUUCCUGCCUUUCUCUACCGCCACUUAGUUUUAAUUGGGGAGGGGGCUGGAGUGGGGGGUGUCCAUUAAACCUGUAUGGUUAUUGUUCUUGGCUUUUUGUGUCUUA